CCUGAUAUCUCAGUACGUAUCACGCAUUGACACCACCCUGACAGGCUUCAAAAAGUCGGACCAGCUGCCCUGGAGGCGUUCUCGCUCCUUUCUGCCUCCCGUACUCAAUCCCGAACUUGAAACUCGUCGAGCAAAAUGUCUGAAGAGAGAAAGUCUGUCGAAACCAAGGACGAGACUGUCCUCGCUGGCCUUGGCUAUAAGCAAGAAUUUAAGCGCGCGUUCACUCCAUGGGAGUCCUUUGGCAUUGCUUUUAGCAUCAUUGGACUCCUGCCAUCCAUGGCGUCAACUUUGUCGUUCUCCCUGUCAAACGGCGGCCCGGUCUCGAUGGUUUGGGGCUGGGCAGUGGUCGCAUUCUUUGUCAUGUUCAUCGCCCUCGCGCUGAGUGAGCUCGCCUCAGCCGCACCGACGUCCGGAGGGCUCUACUUCUGGACGUACAAGUACAGCUCCCCGCGCUGGCGGCACCUGACUUCAUGGAUUGUCGGCUAUUGCAACACGAUGGGCAGCAUCGGCGGCGUCGCGUCCAUUAUUUGGGGUUGUGCCGUGCAGCUCAUGGCGGCUGUUAGCAUUGGGUCGGGCAUGACGUUCGUCCCAACGACAGCCCAGCUCUUUGCUGUAUUUGUGGCCCUGCUUGUUCUAAACGGUAUCAUUGCCUCCACCGCAACACGCGUCCUUGCGCGGCUCCAGGGUAUCUACGCCACCAUAAACCUCGUGCUCUGCCUCGCAAUCAUCAUCGCCAUACCGGCGGCGACUCCGAAAGAGUUCAAAAACACUGCGAGCUACGCCUUGGGCGGGUUCGCUAAUCUGAGCAGCUGGCCCAAUGGCUGGGCCUUCAUCCUCGGAUUUCUUGCCCCGCUCUGGACAAUCGGUGGAUUCGACGGACCUAUCCACAUCAGCGAAGAAGUGUCGAACGCACGUACCGCUGUACCUUGGGCAAUUGUCACGUCCAUUGGUAUCGCAGGCAUUCUCGGCUGGGUUAUCAACGUCGUACUUGCGUUCUACAUGGGCACUGACACCGCAGGCAUCCUCUCCAGCCCUAUCGGACAGCCUAUGGCUGCGAUAUUCUUUAACAGUUUUGGCACCAGGCCCACGCUUGUUGUCUGGUCCGUCGUCGUUAUCACACAGUUUAUGAUGGGCACGAGCGCCACCGUGUCGACGUCACGCCAGAUGUUCGCGUUCGCGCGGGACGGCGCCCUGCCCUUCUCACGCCUGCUCUACCGCAUCAACGCGCGCACGCGCACGCCCGUGGCGUGCGUCUGGGCGGCGGUGCUCGGCGCGUUCGCGUUCGGCCUUCUUGCGUUCGCGGGCCCGACCGCCAUCAGCGCAAUCUUCGACCUGCCCGUCAUCGGCCAGUACCUCGCCUUUAGCAUCCCCAUCGUCGCACGUUUCACAGGUGGGCGUCCUUGGCGCAGCGGGCCGUUCAAUCUCGGCUCCUGGGGUCUUCCCGUCGGCAUCAUCGCCGUGCUCUGGCAAGCGUUCAAUAUUGUCGUCGUAUCUUUCCCCUCAUCGACGGACCCGACACCGAACACGAUGAACUACACUGCAGCUGUCUCGGGUGGGUGGAUAAUCUUCUGCCUGGGGUACUUCUUCUGUCCCCGCUACGGUGGCAAGUAUUGGUUCAAGGGCCCGCGCGCGAACAUCGAGAUCGAAGAUGCAUCGCAGAGUGAGAGCGGCAGCGUCGAUGAAAAGGAGCGCGGAGCGUAAGUGAAAAGAGGAAACAGACAUAAGAGCAAUUUCUCUAAGUGUAUGAGGGUAUCUAGUCACCCGUAGCGUUAUCAUUAACAAAGUAUCGAUAGUAUGUGCGUUGAGACUUUCCACGUCUCAGAAUAAUCUUCUUGAUGGAAAG